UACUUAUGUAUAGGAUAAUUUAGCACAUUAUAACAACGAAAAUGCAAAAGGAUUUUCUUAAAUUUCAUAGGAGGAAAUCUAGUCGUUAAUGGUAGAAGAAAACAGUUAUUAGUAUAAAAAUAUAUAUAUGUGGCAACAAUUUUUACUGUGUUAUACUCCCUCCUUUUCUAAAUAGAUGAUGUUUUAGGGAGUUUUUAAUGUUUCAAAAUAGAUGAUGUUUUCAUAUAUCAAUGCACUUUUCAACUUUAUCAAAAACUGUGUAACAAUGAUACUGUGCAGUAUGUUUUGUGAUUGGUUGAAUAACUUUUGAUUUAUAUUUUAAUAAUAUUUUUAAGAUAAAAAACAAAUCUUAAUAGUUGUGCACAAUGUUAAAACUUCAUGUAUUUUGAAACGGAAGAAGUAUUUUAUUUAAUACCUGCACCAAUUUUCCCCAUCUUUGACCUACUCUACUCCCUGCACUUCAUUAACACAUCAACACACUCUCCUCUCUCAAUACCCAAACAACAAGAAGAUUAAAACCCCAUAAAAAAAACCAUUUACUUAUUAGGCAUUGAAUAACACACAACAGACACAAAUCCUUUCCUUUUCUCUCACGCCUUCUAUCUCUCUCUCUAUAGCAUUUAAACCUCAUCUCAUAAUUUCCAACUUCGUUUCUUGUUUUUUCCCGAGAAAACAAUCAAGAAAAGACCCUAAAACAGAACACUUCUUUAGUUGCAUGUGAUCGACAGAGAAAAUAUAAAGACAUCUUUCUUUCUUCUUCUUUUUUUUGCCUAGUCAAACAUGAGCUCUUGUUUAGAAGAAAAGCAUAGUCGAAUCUUCGUUACCGGUCCAAUCAUCGUCGGUGCCGGUCCGUCCGGUUUAUCCGUAGCGGCUUGUUUAUCAAACCGAGGCGUACCAUCGGUUAUACUCGAGAGAACCGAUUGCUUAGCUUCUUUAUGGCAAAAACGUACCUACGACCGUCUUAAGCUCCAUCUCCCUAAACACUUCUGCGAGCUUCCUCUUAUGAAGUUCCCUAGAAACUUCCCAAGAUACCCGUCCAAGCAACAAUUCAUAUCCUACGUUGAGUCUUAUGCUGCCCGGUUUAAUAUUAAACCGGUAUUUAACCAAACCGUAGAGAAAGCAGAGUUCGAUGUCGCCUCUGGUCUAUGGACGGUGAAGACGCAAGACGUUGUGUACUCAUCCACGUGGCUCGUGGUGGCAACAGGGGAAAACGCUGAACCGGUGAUACCGGAUAUACCCGGUUUGAAGAAGUUUACUGGACCGGUUGUUCACACUAGUGCGUACAAGUCCGGUUCGGAGUUUGCAAACCGGAAGGUUUUGGUGGUUGGUUGUGGAAAUUCCGGUAUGGAGGUGUGCUUGGAUCUUUGUAGAUACAAUGCUCUGCCUCAUAUGGUUGUUAGAAACUCUGUACAUGUAUUACCAAGAGACUAUUUUGGACUAUCGAGUUUUGGAAUAGCAAUGACACUACUGAAGUGGUUUCCUCUAAAGCUGGUGGACAAUUUGCUCCUGCUUCUUGCUAGUUUUUCGUUGGGCAAUACCGACCGGUUAGGUCUCCGACGACCUAAAACCGGACCUAUUGAGCUCAAGAACGUCACUGGAAAAACUCCCGUUCUUGAUGUUGGCGCCAUAUCUUUGAUACAAUCCGGUCAAAUUAGAGUGACGCAAGCAGUGAAAGAAAUAACUAAGAAAGGAGCAAAGUUUGUGAACGGGCAAGAAAUGGAGUUCGACUCGAUAAUACUAGCGACCGGGUAUAAAAGUAAUGUCCCCUACUGGCUCAAGGACAAUAGUUUCUUCACAAAGGAAGGGAUGCCGAAAACGCCAUUUCCAAACGGAUGGAAGGGAGAGAAUGGGCUUUACACGGUGGGUUUCACGAGAAGAGGGCUCUUGGGAACCGCUUUUGACGCCGUUAAGAUCGCGGAGGAUAUAACAGACCAGUGGAUGAAAAUGCAUGGUCCGUUGAGUAGCAGUAACGUUUGUAGUUCCCAUAUUAUUCACUUUCACUUCAAUAAAUCAUAAUAAAUCGAUUUCUUUUUUCCUUGUAUUCCUUUUUCAUAAUAAUAAUACUGCAAUUUUUUUAUCACACAUCUAUAUUUAUUUUCAAAGACCCUAUUUUCUGACCUUUUGAAUUUUAUUCUAUAAAUAAAAAGCUAUGUAUGUUCAUAAUAUGUAUGUGCGUCUGUAUGAAUAGCUAACGACAUGAGCACACAGUUCUCCAUUAUUCAUUGAUGUGUGCAGUAACCACUAGGUUUUGUACUUGAAUAUUGCAUAUAUAGAGUAAUUAAAACAUUAUGUAACAUUUUAAAAUUUUGAUAUGUCUCAGUCGGAUUAACGUCAGUAUAUAUUUUGUUUGCAGCAUUUUGGUUAAACGAUCGUUAAAAUCUGGUUGUUAUAUAUAUAUGAUCAACAUUUAAGUUUUGUUUCACUUAAAAAAUUGCUUUCACUUUUUUUUCAUAGCAUUUGGCUUGUUUUUAAUUAACAAAGAUUUGAAUAAAUAAAUUAAUAAAAAUUAACCGAGAUGUGCAUUACUUCAAGAUAUACGUAAAAUAAUAAUACACAUCUAUAUAUAAUUUCGAUAUUGUCAGUUUUCAUAAACUGAAACUAUAGGUUUAUGAUUUGGCCAUCAUUUUGACGUAUGGGAUGAUAGACUGACUGUUUGAUGAUAAUGACUGUGAAUAUUAGUAUUACAAAAGGGCAUAUCCCCUUUCUAUUAUUCGAUUAUCACUUUUAUAAAUAAACUUUUAUCCGUCGUGUGAUUUACAACUUUGUCAUUUUUUAUGUGUCAAUAUCACAUUCUACCUCACAACCUUAUUAAAAUAACUCUCUUUGAUCUACAUUAAUUACAUGUCAUAUCAUUGCUAAAAACAUAUUUCAUCUGUUCCCGAAAGUAAGAUUUUCUAGAGUUUUCAAGUUUAUUAAGAAAUAUAAUAAAUGUUUACAAUUUAAUUUAAAAUUUAUUUUUCAAUACACUUUCCAAUAACUAUUCACCAAUAAAAUUUAAUCAAUUCAAAUAUUCACAAUUAAUGUUUCUCAAAAGUAUAUAAAAGUACUUUAAAAUAUAGAAAAUCUAUUUUUGUAGAACAAAAAAAACUCUAGAAAAUCUUACUUUCAAAAACGGCGGAAGUAUAAUAUAUGUUUCAUUUUAUGCAUUUUGAUUCUAAGCAUUUAUUCUAAGCAUCUUGCCAAAAACAUAGUCUCAUUUCAUGAACAUGUUCACUUAAUUUAAAAUAUUGAAACUUUGUAUACAUUCAUGUCACGACACUAUUGUAUAAAAUGUGAACUCUAUGGAUAAUAUAAUUUAUAUGCCCUGUUAAGUUAUAUCGAUCCUUUUUAACAUCCCUAUCAACUCGAGAUAAUAUUAUGUCAUUGGCCAUCAUAUUAUAUAUUUUUUCUAAUUUAUGUUAUAUAAUAUACUAUUCUAAAUAAACCAGAAACAAGAUGAUAUACUAUGUUGUGCGAUUUGUCUAUGUAUUAUUGUAUAUUAGUUAGUUAUUAUUAGUAAUAUAUUAUUAGUAAUAUGUUAGCAUAAUA